AUGUCACCACCCAGCUCCACCGAUACCGCCAUCACAGUCGGCUCCCACAACGACGACGAUAAUGAUACCGAGAGUCUCACUGACAGUGUGAGAGAGCACAUGUAUGAGAAUCGUCUGCGUUACCAUGCAUAUCGCUCAGGAAGAUACGCCUUUCCCAACGAUGCCACCGAACAGGAUCGAGACGAGAUGAAGCAUAUCAUCAGCGUCGAGCUGUGUGGGAGGUACUUCUUUUCGCCCGUUCAAGAUGUACUGGCGAGAGGUGCCGAAGUCCUUGACUUGGGAACCGGACCCGGCCACUGGCCCAUCGAACUGGCCGAUUUAAAUCCGAACUCUACCUUUCUCGGUAUCGAUCUCUCGCCCAUCCAGCCCCCUGAGGUUCCUCCCAACUGUCACUUCAUGGUCGACGACAUUGAGCAUGAAAACGGAUGGGAUCUGGACAAGGACUAUUUCGACUUUAUUCACCUUCGACACACUCUGCACUCUGUUCGCGAUCGCCCAGAACUCAUGCAAAGGGCAUACGAACACUUGAAGCCCGGCGGAUGGUUCGAGAUCCAAGAGCUCGAGUUCUUUCCUCUUUGCGAUGACCAAUCUUGUCCGGAAGGGGAUGGCUAUGGCUUCCGAGUCUUUACGCAGUACUUGGAGGCAGGACUCAGGGCCCUUGGUUCAGAAAUGCAUGGCAUCCGUGCUGCAGUCGACGAGAUGCAAGCCGCAGGUUUCGAAAAUGUGCAAGAGGAUCGGCGGAAGUGCCCGAUUGGCGACUGGCCAGCAAGACCUGAGCUACGAGAGUGCGGCAUUUACAUGCGAGAAACGAUUCUGGAAGGCCUCAAGGGCCUAGCGACACGACCAUUCAGGGCUCUCGGCUGGACUGAAAUACAGAUCGAAAUGUUUCUGUUGGGCGUAAGGGGACACGUGAAAGAAAGAGACUUUCACACCUAUCUCUUUCACAGAACCGUGUAUGGGCGGAAACCGCUCGAGGCACCCAGCCGAUAA